GUUGUGUAUUCCUCUUCUCAUCGUCUCUGUCAUUGUAUUUCUUAUUGUCUUGUCUGAUUGCACUCCUUGUCGGAUCUACCCCCACCCUGUGUGGAGCCAAGCAUUCGUCCAGGAUUGGUUCAUCAUUGUAAUACUUUCGUUUUUGUCUAAAACUCUGUUGUCACCUUUUGCCAAAGCAAGCAGUGGCUGUCUUGCUGUUUUGUUUUACGGAUGUAGCAGUCUUGAGUGUUGAACCAGCCAUUAUAAAACGGUGCUUGUAUACCUCCAGUGAGAUUUUAAACCUCCCUCGAGAUUUCAUUCGUGACAUAGUGUACAGCUGUACAGCAGUUGCGAGUGUGAAAAUUCAAACAUAUGUCAACUUACGGGCUGUUGCUGAAGGAUUGAUCAAGAAUACUUCCUUUACCAACUGUUAUUGUUUACAGUGACAAGUGAUAGUCCCUACAUCUUGUAAAACUUGAAUCCAUUACGGUGUCGAAAGUGACCAUCAAACCACUAAAUGGGGUAAAUUAAUUUAAGUGGUGUCUAGUUUCUCAAAAACUGUAGACAUACUUUGUGGAAUUUUAUAAAAAUAUUGAGGAAAAAGUUACGAGUUGGAUGUGGCAAGUAACAGUUCAGACGCCCGCUCGUCUUUCAUCAGUCGGUUUAGUCUUGGUGGAGUAAUCGUGUUGUCGUUUUUGCGUACCUCAGAUUUCAUCCUGUUCACUAAAGUGUUUGAUUGUUGUUCUGUGGGUAAGAUAUAUAUAUAUUGACUGUUGUGUUCCAGUUAUAAAACUGAUAUGUAUAUAUAUAUGAAUAUAUAAUAUUGGUGGUGCAUUGAUAUUCAAUAGCUAAGAAUAUAAAUAUAUUUUUCUCUGCUUUAUACGGAUAUAUAUUGUGUUCAUAGAGUAGCAAAAUCUGGAUUUAUUUUUUUGUGAAGCGUGGAUAUUUACUCCGAGACCUGGUCUUUAAUGUGGAUGCCUUUCACAAAAUCAUCGCUUGUAUAAGUAUAUUAAUGCACCUUUUGUUUUAUUCUGGUGAAAUUAUGGUCAUGUAUCCCUGAAUUAGUGGGAAAACAUUACGGAAAUCUAAUGUGCCCUUUUCCGUAAAUAAAAGAGUUGAAGUUCGAUGUAAAAGUUUGUUGAACCCGGGACAUCUAAGUCUCCAAGUUACUUGAAGAAGAGUGGAAGUAGAAAAGGAAGAGGAAGCUUUCCUUUGAACUUGAUAAUUUGGAAUUCAAGGAUUUGUCAGCUAAUGUCUGUAAAUAUGAAGGCCAGACGACCCGACCCGGCUGAGAUCGAGUAUAAGAACAUGAGAUUUUUAAUAAUGGACAGACCAACAGAUGCUACCAUGGACAAAUUUAUAGAAGAACUUAAGAAACGUGGUGCUAAAGAUGUUGUCAGAGUUUGUGAGCCUACGUACAAGACAGAAAAAUUGGAUACCCAAGGAAUUCGUGUCUUGGACUGGCAGUUUGAUGAUGGAAAUCCUCCUCCCCUGAUGGUGAUGGACGAGUGGUUCAACCUGCUCAAGACCCGCUUCAAGGAAGAGCCUGGUUGUUGUGUGGCAGUCCACUGUGUUGCAGGACUUGGAAGAGCUCCUGUUUUGGUGGCAUUAGCUUUGAUUGAAUGUGGAAUGAAAUACGAAGAUGCAGUGGAACUAAUUCGCAGCAAAAGACGUGGUGCCAUCAACGCCAAACAACUUUCCUUCCUUGCGGACUACCGGCCGAAGUCACGUCUAAAGUUACGUGGUAAUGGACACAAGCAGUGUUGUAUAAUGUAGACCUGAUAGCUCAUCAUCAUGUUAUAAGUUAUGUUUCAUCUCCUGUUGUCACACAGGAGUGCUUUGACAACUGAUGUAAAACUAACUGUGAUUGGAGGGGAUUGAGAGGAGACCUUAUAACAGUAGUGUUGUUGGCAUGUGAUAAUUCAGCUGGAUGGAAUAUGGAGAGAAUGAUCAGGGUUGAUAAAAUAUCUGUGAUCAGAUUAGCUACUUCAGAAAUCACUUUAUAUUCAAACAAUCAACUUUGAUGAAUUAUAUUGGUAUGAAGAAUUGUACAUACUUAAUUGUAAAAAAGUUCACCAGCAGGUUGUUGUUUUUUUAGGUCAAGCAAAUUUGGGAAAUGUUUUCUGGAUAGAAUCUUUGAUAAAAUAUUUGCGAUCUUUACAACAAUGGUCAUGAUGUUAAUUUUUGUUUCAAAGACUGGUUUGUGUUGAUUUCCAACUGUUAAAACUUGUUGGCAGACAUUUUGCUUUGCCAUUGAAAGACAAUAUAUUGCACUGAUAUUGAUUUCUAAAAAUAAAUAAAGGUAAAUUGGAUCCCCUGUACUUUUCUGCCAUGAAAUCAUCUUUUGGUUGAAGAUGUUUUACUUAUCAACAAGAUAACUUGUGGUUCUGUUUAAUAAUAUUGUGUAAGGCAAAUCAUGACACCUUAAUUUGAAAGUCAUCUUUAACGUAUAUCACACUAAAAACAACAAGUUAGCCAUCAGGAUAACAUUUUCAAGCAUAUCAAAAUGCAUUGGAAGGACCUUAGAAGGCUACAAAAUGGAAAUGAAUGGGAAUCUAUCCUAAAUGAAAUAAAUAGAUACAUGUUUAGGUUCAUUAUACAGAUGACAAAACAGGCAUGGAAAAUAGGCAGUAACACUGUCUUUAGCAACUGAAUGUGUUCACCCCUCUGUUUCUGUAAUAGACUAUUCUUGCCAUUAUAUUUCACUAGCCUAUUUCAUGUUACAGAGAUACUUACAUAAAAUAACACUUUAAAGUAGAAAUUCUUAAUAGUAAAUUUUAGAUACAGUUAUAACUGUACAACUGAAGGGAAAUAACUCUCAAAGCAAAGUCCUCCCUUUUGUAUUCUAAUAUAUGUUAUAAAGUAUACAGUUCAAAAUUUGAAGAAAUUUCAAGAAACAUGACUUUUCGUCUCCAAUUGACUACCUUCAAAAUAUAGGGGGUGGCAGUGUUUGAAUGUUGAGAGAGGUGGGGGUAAAAAAUUUGAAUUCAGAAACAGAAGGGGGGCUUUCAUCAGUGGGGACUACAUGAAAUACAAGAAAUGAAGUGUCCAUGAAAUGGUUUCAGACAUCCCUGGUAUAAAGUUAUCUUAUCCAGAGAUCAGACAAAGAAAAGUGAAUAAGUUUGUUGACUGAAUGUGUGUAUUCUAGGUAAGAACAAAAAGGCAAUAUCCUUCUGCUAAUUAUCAGAACAUAAUCAAUUUGAUAUGGUUUUAAGCCUGUUGUGUAAGAAAAUCCUGAUGUAAAUGAUUGAAAAUCGGUGAUUAGGAGUAAAUUAUUUUUGAAAAUUAUUUAUUGCAUGUAUGUGUGAUUGUGUUCAGAAUGGUGUGAUGUACUAUAGAAUCUGGCACAUUACACUCUGGUUCAAUAUAUAUAUAUAUUUUCAUCCUAUGUAAAGAAGGACUGAACAAAGAUCUCUCCUAUAAUAUGUAUUGUCCCAUGAAUGAGGAAGGGAGAUAAUAAAAAGCAAUUUGUCUGUACUAAAACUGUCAUCUCUGCAUGGUCAGAGAGGGAUACAAUCUGUUGUGACCUUCUCGAGAUAGAGAGUAAACUGUUUUCAUCAUAAAGGGAGAUUAUCUGUUGCUGUUAUCGUCAGCAAUUGAUAAUCAAUCUCAUUAGCAAGGGAGAUAAUUCAUUUUUACCUUCCUUGACCUUCAUGAAGGGAGAGAGAUCAGUCCAGUUUAUUCUCAUAUGUUGUUCUUUGAUAUUAUAGUUCACAUUUGCACCUUUUGCUUGGCUUAGAUGGAUUCAAUCAGCUAGCUUUAUUCUUGGUCUGGGAAUUUCUCUUCAAGUUUCAGUCUUCAGUCUCAUGUCUGUUUCACCCCGUUCACAUCUUUUCGAUUAAAAUGCUCCACAUUGAGUUCAGAUCACUUUCCUCAAGUGGCAUUGUAGCCAAGCUCUCAUCCAGAUUAUAUCCUGUCAGGUUCCACCUUGUGAAGGACUCUCUAUUUCGGAAGUUUGUUGUUGUUUCCCAAUGGAUGUGGAUAUGGUUUUCAUUUACAUCCAAUCAGAGUUCAGCCAUACUUCCAUAAAAGAUGCUGUCUGCAUCCCACUGGGAUCUGUCCUAGUAUCCAUCUACACUCACUGCAUUCCUCAUGGUUCCUGGGCACCAUGCCUUUUAAUUCCCCACAAUAGAACCAGGUGAACUAGUCUAACAUUGUUGCAAGUGUGAUCAAAUCAAAUUGGUCUCCUAUGACAUCAAGGUACCAUGAUGACUUUUGAAAUUUCAUCAAAUUUGGGAUGCAUGUAUCAUUGAUGAAUGAUAUUGAAUUCCAAAUCAGAUAUGUAUGUUGGCAAUAUUUGUAAGAAGCCUAGUUCACCAUUCAGAAUGUUGACAGAUUUCACCUACUCUUUGAUACAUCCAGUUGUCACUGCCCAUAUGACAGUUAUUUUUAUUAUGUUUUUUUUUUUUGUAUUUUCAUGUUUCAUUUUUUUCCCUUUUUUUCCCCAAUCAUCAGUCAUCAAUGAAAUAGUUUUUGCCAUUUUAGUUUUACAAUUAAAACAAGAAAUGAGAAGGUAGGGUGAGAGAUCUCCCCUUCUCAAAUCGAUAUUAUCUCCCUUGAUUUCACAAUCUCUGUGAUAUGUAUACUUAAUGUAUUUACAUGACACAAUGGGAGACAACCUGAAAUCGUCUCUGAAAAUCUAUGUUCGAAUAUAUACUGCCUGUAAAAAACAAAUGAAUGGAAACUCAUACUUAUUUGAUUGAAAAUGAAAUGUCAGAUCUUUAAAAGUGUGAGUUCAAUGAAAUUGAUAUGAAAUGUCAACUUUCCAUAAGCAUUUAUGUAACAAUAUGAAUCUGAAGUAAUGCAUUUGUAUAUAUAUAUGCAGAUAUUGAACUUCGUCAAUAAAUAUAAAUUACC